UGUGGUUUGGGACUCAAGGUUCGCCCUCUCCCAGGGGACGAGGAGUGGCCCGGCUUGAAUCUCUUUAGGGCUUACUGCCCCCUGCAGGGUAGUGGAGGAACUGCCCUGAGAGGGGUCUGCUGGCCGAGGGGCGGAACCCUCGCACCCCCCUUCUUCAGACAAGAGUACUAAACGGAUGAAUACAGUUAACAUGAAUGUUAAAGGCGGCCUUGAAGAAAACAGAGGAAUGAAAUUUAGAGGCCUCAGUCUCGAAUGGGCCUGGCUAGUGAGAGAAGCCAACGUGGGUCUGUUGCAGAAAUAUUCCGACGUUUUUACAGGGCCUGUUGACCCUAGCCACAUUUUAAACUACACACUUUCAUCAAACAAAAACCAUCAUUUUGAGGGUUCUGAGGUUCUUGGCUUUCAGAAGGACGGACUAGAAUGAUUAGCCGCAUUUUGGUGACUCUUUAAAAAAAAGUGAACACUGGGGAAUUUCUAUAAGGGAAAUUGAAGGGUUUGGCAACUUAAUUUGCAUUUGUGAUCUUUGGCGGUAGGUGGUAUGGAGCUCAUUGGAACUCUGUCCAAUGAGGACUAGCUUAAUCAUUCCAAGGUCAUUUUUGCCCUGUAGGAACAGCAGUGAGUGAUGUGACUGGACACAUCAUCUCCCAACAACGCCUUGGCUGCUGCAGAUAAGUCACCAUAUAGUAAUGGAGGAAUUGGAGCAAGGCCUGUUGAUGCAGCCAUGGGCUUGGCUACAGCUUGCUGAGAACUCCCUCCUGGCCAAGGCUUAUAUCACCAAACAGGGCUAUACCUUGCUUGUUUCGGAUCUUCACCAGGUGUGGCAUGAACAGGUGGAUACUAGUGUGGUCAGCCAGCGAGCCAAGGAGCUGAACAAGCGUCUGACUGCUCCCCCUGCGGCUUUUCUCUGUCACUUGGAUAAUCUGCUUCGCCCAUUGUUGAAGGACAUUGCUCACCCUAGUGAAGCGACCUUCUCUUGUGAUCGUGUGGCAGAGGCAUUGAUUCUACGGGUGCGGAGUGAGCUUUCUGGUCUCCCGUUCUAUUGGAACUUCCACUGCAUUCUAGCUAGUCCUUCCCUGGUCUCCCAACAUUUGAUUCGUCCUUUGAUGGGCAUGAGUCUGGCCUUGCAGGGCCACGUGAAGGAGUUGUCAACAUUGCUUCGGAUGAAAGAUCUAGAGAUCCAGGACUACCAGGAGAGUGGGGCUAUGCUGAGCCGAGGUCGAUUGAAGACAGAGCCAUUUGAAGAAAAUGCUUUCUUGGAACAGUUUAUGGUAGAGAUGAGGAAACUGGAAGUCCUUGAGUUUCCCCUAGGUUACAUAGCAAGUAAGAAGCAGAGCCAAGACUCAAACCAGAAGCUACCAGAGGCAUGCAGAGUUGGUAAUGGCAGGCCCUUUGUCAUGCAUCUGCAGAGUCUGUAUGUGGCAGUCACCAAACAGGAGGUCCAAAUGGGACAGAAGCAUCAAGACACUGUUUCAGGAGAUGCUCAUACCUCAAGCAGCACCUUCCUUCAAGCUACUGAUAACCAGCUUCCAAGUCAGCCAGAACAGCCAGUCUCUUCAGCACCAGCCCUCUCAGUGCUUGAAAAAGAGCCCCUGGAUACUUCAGGCCCUGUGCAGAGAACUCAGCUGUCAAAGGUCAAGAGGAAGAAGCCGCGGGGCCUCUUUAGUUAACCAGUCAUGAGCUCAGCUGCUGAGGAUGCACCAGAAGAACAACUCCCAAACAUCACAUGGAAAGGAGCUCACAUGACAGUUUCUCUCAAACAGAGUUACAAUCAAAGGUCCACUCUCAGAGCAAGAGAACUAAGCUCAUGGCGACAUGUUUCCUGAAUGGGUUACUGUUAAACAAGAAAAGCUUGGUGCCAUCCCAUGGAGCAUUGGCCUUCCCUGGUACAGUGGAAGCCAGUCUCUGGAAUCCAGUCUCUUUUGGUGGAGGUUCUUUAGACUUUAGGAUAUAGAGCAAGUCUUCAAAAAGGAACUGUGUGUCCAGGAAGCCUGUGUAUUCCUCUUCUGAGUCCCUAGCCAGUCCCAGAUGCUCCCCAGAGACCCACUUCUCUCUUUAGCAUAGAAUUAAAAGCACAGUCCCUUGUGUUUGAGAUAUGUAUCUGUGGAACUCAACCCACCUCACCUCACCUCACCUCACCUGUUGUCCUCUCUGGGUGAAGUCUGUGUCCUCAGUCCAAUCCUUCAAAUUUAUCUUAAGCUUCUCUGUUGUAGUCUGAGCUAAGACUCCAUUUCAGAGGUUUUGAUCUCCAGAAUUCUUUCCAUAAGCACAAGAUAAGAUACACUGCUGGGCUGGGGAAAUAGCUCAGUUGGUAGAGUGCUUGCCUAGCAUGCACAAAGCCCUGGGUUCAAUCCCUAGCACCACCACCCCCCCCAAAAAAAAAAUACGCUGCUGCUCUCCUUUGCCAAUUGGAUGUGUUUUCUGCCUGCUUACAAGAUCUAAACAACAGGUUAAACCACAGUGCCAUGUUGAAAUUACAAAGAACUUUGAACACUAGGGCCAAGGUAGGUUCUCAUGGGUGGGAGAAAAAUGAAUUUGACUUCUUCAUUCUUCAUUCCACUUUAGAUAACAUACUAAGUAGAGAACUAGGAUAACAGAGAAUAGGAAGUGACCCAAGAGUUCCCAAGGACAACAGAAUUGGCCUGUAGAACUUUCCUACCAGGAAAGAGUGUGAAGGCAUAGGAAACAGGCAAAGUCUGAGACAGUCACCUCUUGAACACCCCAGGACUGGCACAGUCCCUUGACCUUCUCUGCCAGGUCUUUCUCAAUUGUAACAUUAUCUUAAACUUCACCUUGAAGGCAGAGGAAUGAAAGUCAGCCUUAGACUGGGAAUCCCAGCUUCUUGAGAGACUGAAGCAAGAGAAUCAUAAGUUCAAGGACCAUCAGUUCAUGGCCUGCCUGGGCAACUGAGUGAGACCCUGUCUCAAAAUAAGAAGUAAAAAGGAUUGAAGAUGUAGCUCAGGAGAGAGCACUUGCCUAGCAAGCACAAGGCCCUGGGUUCAAUCUCCAGUGCCUCCCCCAGUGAAACACACACACACAUACACAUAGUAGAACUCAGAUGUUCACUGGGAACCCUGCAGUAGCAGGUGGGAGAAUGCAGAGGCCUUUUCUGGUGUGUUUACUUUUGCUGGCCUCCUUGUCUGUGUUUCCUCUCUAGCUGGGUUAAUGUUUCUGCAUUGAUGUAGCCCACAGAAGGAGGACCAUUCAAAGAAUAAUAAAGUACUAGUUAUUAUAAUAAGAACAUCAGCUACCAUUUAUUAAGCCAUUAAAGUGUAUCAAGUAGUCUGUCUAAUAAGUGCCUGACAUUGAAGCCUCACAACAUCUGAGGAAGAUACUGUUCACUCAGUAGGAAAUUGAGUCUUUAAGUGAUUGAGUGACUUAGCGAAGGUCAUGCAGCUAAUAAGUGACAGCAAGAAUUUGAACUAGGGGCUGGGGACGUGGCUCAAGCGGUAGCGCACUCGCCUGGCAUGCGUGCAGCCCGGGUUCGAUCCUCAGCACCACAUACAAACAAAGAUGUUGUGUCUGUCGAAAACUAAAAAAUAAAUAUUAAAAUUCUCUCUCUUUAAAAAAAAAAGAAUUUGAACUAGGACUACUGAAUUCUUAACAGCAUUAUUACAGAUACACUGAAGACACUUGUCUUUUUUUUUUUUUUUUUGCAGUACUAGAAUUGAGCCCAAGGAGGCUCUACCACUGAGCUAGAUUCCCAGUCCUUUUUGAGACAAUCUUAAGUUGCCAAGGCUAUCCUUGAACUUCUGAUCCUCCUACUUCAGUCUCCCAAGUUGCUGGGAUCACAGGUGUAGUUGCUGGGAUCACAGAUGUAGUUGCUGGGAUCACACCCAGCUCUGGAAACACUUUUUCCAGGAGUGCUGUUGGGUCUUCUUCCAAUAUUGUAUAGCACCCACCUUUAUCCUACGACCCUGCCUCCUUCCAAGGGAUGCUCCCCUCCAUGUGGGUUCUUCAAGGCAGGAAGCUUUGAGCGCACUCCAGAACUCAUGCCCUUGUCUUUUCCUGCCAACAGCUUUUGAGAGGGCCACCAAGCAUCCCAGUUGCUAGUGAUAACUUCUCUUUACCUCCAGACCAUAGCACCCCAGUGCGUGCCCACUAGUAAUGACUAUCAUCAAAGCAAUUUGGAACCUAUGUGAAAACAGCGUAUCAGCUGGGUCACCUUGUUCUGUACUUUCCUUUUAGCAUAAAUCAGGUAGCCAGAUUUUGGAGUUUUCAUGAUAUAAGACCACAUAAAAAAGGGAGGCUUUCCCAGCAAGCUUGGGGAAAAAAUAGGAGUUCUUUCACUCUGGAUAAAUCCCUCUGCCUAAGAGCAAAGUCUCAAGCAGGCAUUUUUAAUCAGGGGGACAAGGGGCCUAUGACUUUCCUAAAAUUGUAAGAAAAAUCCUUAGAGUAUAACUUUCUUCAUUUCUUAUAAGAUGACAUGACUUUAAAAGUUAAGUAAGUUUAUGCCUGAGAACCUUCCUGUCCACUACCCCUGCAUUCUCAAAGGUUGCUCCCUCCUUAAGGGCAUUUCUUAAAUGCAUCCUCAGGGAAACAUCCCUGCUAGAGGCCUUGCCUUGGGUAUCCUUGAGCCCUUACCCAAGCUGGGGGUAGUGGUUGAGAAUUAUUCUUCCAAGGAAAUCACUGCUUUGACAAAUUGGCCCAGCCAGGCUGUAUUCCAGCCCUGCCCCCUGGCUUGGGCCCCUCCCUGAGGCCCCCAGCCUGGCCCAACCCCCACUCCAAAUGCACAUAAAAGGGUCGAAUUCUCGUGGCUGCUCCAUAAAUUUUAUUCCGUAAAUAUUAGUUUUCCCUGUGUUUAAUAAAGCAGUGGCCCACCUCCCCGCCUACCCGCCCGCUCCCCGGGGCCGGGGCUGGGGCCAGGGCUGGCUGGUGGGAGAAGGGACUCUUUCAAUUGCUUUGGAGUAUUUUUAGAAAAAAAAAUAAUAUAAGGUGGUUUACAUGAGCAAGCCAGCAAACCAGGAGCAGGACUUGGGACCUCGAGGAAGUUCCUGCAACAACUUGAUCUAAAAAGUAGAGAAAUAGCGCCACCUAGGUUGUAGGGUCUACUUGGCCUUGCUGGCUGGUCCCAGGGCAGUCAGCUAAGACUCGCAUUCUCCUUUCUGGGAGAGAAAUCCUCAUCUCUAUGCCCCAGCUGGGUAGCUCCACCUUAUUUCAUACCUCAUGAGGCUUCUUUCUCAUCAACCCUUAAAAGCACAGUCCAGAUUGGGUUCUGUAUAAUCCUGCCAGCGCUUUUCUCCCAGAUCAGGGUUCCAGGGUAUGGUAAAGUUACUGAGAUGGAGGAAGGAAGCUUCUAGUCACCAUCUUCCCCUGAGACCUGAGGAACUAGCCCCAGAAUUGCUAGGGCAUAAGGUAACAGGGAGUAAAAUCUGUGCUCCUGUGCUCUGGAUGGCAGAGUCUAUCCCAGUCAGACCAGAAUCCUUCCAUCAGCCUGCUAUGGGGCACCUACCAUGAUUGGCUGCAGGACACUGGGGGAAGGAAAGAUGCCACCUCUUCUGAUACUCAACCCUACUGCUUCUUGCUUUUAUCCUGUGGUACAUUUGGACUCCUUUGCUUUCCUUCCUGUUCAUUUAAACCUUCCUUUCCUAAGUCCUUCCCUUCUCCCUAGUCCAGCUCUGUUGGGAGAUAUUCAGGAGCCCUUGUGUACUCUGUGCAAAGAUGGUAGCAGGAGUAGGGCAACACUUUCUCAUUCCUGACAGUGUCACCAGGGAUAGUUUCUUCUCCUAUUUUGUCCCUCACUUUCUCUUACUUUUUUAACUGGGAAGAUUUGCUCCAAAGAGUUUAGGGAAGCCUAAAUCCUCAUAGUAACCCCCAUGUGGUGAGCUCACUCUGAUCUGUCUUGCUAUUAAUGUAAUCUGUAUUAGCAGGCACAUUUGUGAUUUUUUUUUGUUUUUCUUCUUUCAUUAGCUUAUACUCCAUGAGAAGAGAGUAAGUUUUUAACCUAACUCAGAAAAUAUACUGUGAUGGUAUUCCAGUAUAGUACAACGAAGUGUUAGCUGAGUUUUCAAACACUUUGACUCACCUAGGAAGAUUGUGCCAGAUAUGUUUUUCUACACUUUGCCCUGGAGUAGUUUCUGUCUUCUAAUUGUCCCAAAGAAGAAAGUGUUCAAAAGGAGUAAAUAACAUACUGCAAGGAAGCCACCAAACUCAGUGCUCAAAAACCAUGGUCACUAAUUCCUGUUACCAACAUUCAUAUAUGUAUGAGCUGACAAAAUUGUACUGGAUGAUACUGGGCCCUUACAUACAGAGAAAAAUGUGGGAAAAGGAGAAAGCUCACACUUUAAAGGGGUGUUUCCCUAUUGCUGUAACCCUUAGGAAGCUUCUAGAGGAUAUUCCUGUCCAGGGUUCCCUAUUGCUUUAGGUCCCUUUCUUGUCUCCUCUGUGAUCCUUAUCUGUGGCCAGGGUCACAGAUGAUCCCACCCUAUGGGAGUGUACCAGCAAGGAAGGUACCAGGUAGCCUGUCUGUGUGUUAGGGACAGGGACCCUGAGGAUUCGUUCUGUAUUUGAGGAGCUGGAAAGUAAUACAUCUCUCAGUCUUUUAUCCCAGAACCCUUUUAUGUAUACUUUCCAUCUCCUGAGAAUUUCUCUAUGGUCAUCCUUUAUGCAUCCCCUCAGUUUUAGGGGUCUCCUUUCCGUACUCUGGUACCUGGGAUGUCAUUAGAUAGCACCAAAGUAUUCUAGCAAAUGCUCACUCUUCUGAGCUGGUAAUUCCCACCCCCACUGAGUUUUCUUAUCUGGAACUCAACAGAUCUUUUGCCACUAUUUACACCCUUGGACCCCUUUGAAUAAGUGCUGGUCCCUAAGCACCCAACUCUCAUGGAUUCCUAAGAAUCUGGACCAGCCUACCAGGGGAACCCGGAAGAGGCAUUGAAAGAACUCCAGGGUGUGGGGAGCACACAGCCUUUGACUCACCUGGGAAGAUUGUGCCAGGAUUACUUGUCCUGCUGGGCCAAGGGCCAGCAGUUAAAGGAACAUGCAAUGCCACACUCUCCUCUUCACUUUGGGGUCCAAAAUAGUAGCAAGGUUAGAAUAGGGAAGUAGGGCAUGGGGGCUGCUGGGAGUCCCUUCUGAAAUCUGGGUGUUGUAUUUACUUUUUCAUAUUGGCAGCUGGAAGGGGAAGCCCAUCCCAGCUUGGCAUUGUUGUCUAACGUGGUUAAUCAGAUCCUAUAAUCCUGCUGUGGAAAUAUUGGGCCUCACUCAAAACAAUAGAGACCAAGAAUAUUGUAGUUAAAUUUCAACCAACUGCCUCCCUGGCCUGUUUGCCUAACCCCUACCCCCCUCUCUAGGGCCAGAGUCCUCCCAGCUUUAUGGACCCCUGAUAGGAUCGACAGCUGGUCAGAAAUCGGGACAGGAGACAGGAAUGGAGUAGGGGAAGAGCGAUCCCCUUGACUGGCACUCCAUCCUGCCUUCUCCCUCUCUUCCAAGGCCUUGAAGGGUGGAUAGAGGAUGAUAAAAUGGGUUCAAGCUGGUAGGGAAGCCCUACAGGUGUGAGUCUUAGCUCAGGGGUCAAGAAUAGUACUGCUGGGAAUCAUUGGUGACAAAGAGAUCUUUUAUUCAAGACAGAAAAAGACCUCUGCCAAGUGAGAAGGAGAGAUUGUCAGUUUCAUUUAUUACUGGUGUCUGAUGCUUCCAAGGCACAAAGCAAUACUAGUUGGUCCUGUGUCACCCAUGGGAGGAAUGGGAAGGCACUGGUUGGGUGAGAUGGAAUUUUUUGUGUCAUCAGUAAUCCAAUAACAGCAAUAUUACUACUGAUACUCUGAUGAUAUAUAAAGGUGAUACUGAUAAGACAACCUGAAUGCUUUUCUGAUGGUGGUGAUGUCCAUUGUGUUUAAUAAGUACAAAUUAAAUAUGGCAAAAUAAUUUUUAAAAUGGAAUAGCAGGACAAAAGGGAUAGGUUGUUUGAGAAGAUAGGUUAAUUUUGAAUCAAAAAUGGAAAAGAUGCAGUGUCUGGAUUUUGCGAAUGGGGAGAUUGAACACAAUGACGUGUUAAGCAAGAGGCUGGGAGAGUUCCUCCUGCAGAUGCUUCACCCGACUAUGAAGUGGCCAACUUGAGUUUGAACUUGGCUGUUCAAACCCAAGACACAGGGACAUGGCUUGCAGCCACGCUGUUUUGGAGGCGUCACUAGUCAAGAAGGUGAAGUACAGUGAGGCCCCAGCUCCAGCACUCUGGACUAUUGAACGGUCAAAGUGUAUGUGCGUUUUUAGGAUUUGAAGAAUGAAAAUCGCAGAACAGUGCCAAAUGAAACUGCAUUAAUCUGUCUCCAGAGGGUGGGGGUGGCACUACAGCAGAAAACCCUGGCAGAUGUUCUCACUAGGGUGCUCUGUGAUGAUCCAGGGACUGGUGUGGUCAUUCAUCAAAGCCAGGGUGAAGCAGGGACUGAACUUUCCACCUGCAGUACAUCUGGGAAGCUGUUCUGAGAAAUGAGAAUCUAAGACAUAUGCAUGAUUCUGGACCGGAAUCCCAGAAGUAACUUCAUGGUGGUUGCUGACCGGGACUGAAGCAGGUAGAGAACCUGAUACCAAAUGAUCUAAAAAUGAUGGAAAAUACUUCAAAAUGUAAGCAAUUGGGUAAUGAGUGGGAAGAAUUCAAUGAGAAGAAAGAUUCCCACAGAAGCCCCAGAGGAUGGGCUGUAUUUCUGAAGGAGAAGAAGAAUAUAAGAAGCCAAGUUGGUUGGUUAAACCUCAUGCUGUUCAUACACUUGAAUUGCAAAUGGGAAAAUCUAAACUGAAAACAUCACUACAAUGAAUUUCCAAAGAAUGGCACCAGUUUGUAGGCAUUGUUGUAAUAGAUUUUUAAAAACCUAUAUUCAACAAGAAACAGGAAUAAUUAAACAUGCGUUAAUUUUAA